AUGAUUCAUAAUUUGAGGUAAACAUGUUGGGUUAUUUUCUCGCCAUAGGGAUUGUUAGUGCCGUUAGUGCACAUCCUUACUAUGCGGAUUUAAUACCAAAUGGACAUUCUGUGCCAAACCCGUGUAGCACCACAGGUGGUUUGUGGUUAGCAGUUGGUCAUUACGACCCAAUACAUCAUACACACGAUAAAAAUCCUUUUGGAAUGGCAUUUGCGCAAGCAGGUCAUACUUGGACAGCAGCAUUGUGUGCUCUAGAUAGUGAUGGUGACGGUAAAACUAACGGAGAAGAACUAGGUGAUCCAACUUGUGUUUGGACACAAGGGGCCGCGCCAACCGGUGCAGCUACAGGCCAUCCGGGCAUUUGCAAUCCAGUCGGUUCAUGUAGCGGACAAUCAUUUUCCUGUGGAUGCCAUGGUCAUAACUGUGUUGGAAAGUGAAACUAACAUGUUUGAGGAAAUAGAUUAAAUAAAUAGAUAUUAUGUACAAAAAGCUUUAAAUAUGUAUCCCGAAGAAAAAAACAUAUUGAAAAAUGUUAACAUAAAAUGCAUAUGUU